CUUUUGUACGGAUCUCUACAUGCCAUAUUAAGUGCACCGUGCUCAGUCGAUUAGAGACAACUCGAGAGAAAGCGAGAGAGAGAGAUUGAGCCGGGCAAACGGGGGAUUUUUCCGACCAUGUCGCUGCUCAGCGUGACGGUGAAGAAGGCGCGGUUCGUCUGCGAGGAUGCGGAUCAGUUCAACUCCUACGUAACGUUGAAGCUGCAAAAUGUGAAGUCAACAACAGUCACUGUGAAAGGGGCCAAUCCAUGCUGGGAACAAGACUUCCUCUUCGAAACGAAUGACAUGAAUGCCGGGCUCGUGGUGGAGGUAUGGUGCAAGGGAUUCUUGUGGGACCGUUUUCUGGGCUACUACUAUAUUCCAUUGUCAGAGGUGUCCUACAUGAACGAGGUAACGAGAAAUCAGUGCAACUUAAGUUGUACAACAGAGAUACAGGAUCAACAAUUCGAAUUGUACACAUCCGAUAUGCGUGACACCAACAGUAACACACAGCCAGAGUUCAUCACUGACACGGAGACUACCGGACAGUGGGUCAGUCUUGGUCUGGAGCUGGAGCAGAGAGGCAACGAAAUCGUCGGCACGAAAAAACCGACGGGCCAUUCGCUUCUGAUCGACUGCCGGCUGGAGCUACCGUUUGACCCCGAGAACACGGAGGCGGCCGAUCUGCAGAGGAAGCUGGAAAUGCUGAACAACAUGAUGGACCAGGAGGCACGGGCCGAACAGGCACGAAGGCAGAUAUUGUACAAUAUAGGCCACUCGGGAUACUCGGAGGACUCUGACUACACGUCGGAUUUGAAUUAUCCAGUAGGUGGACAGGGUGCGAACAGCUCGGCUUCGCAGUUUCGUACAGCGGCUAACCAAUUGGCUACACCUCAAAGAUCCCUCGAGACAUCGAGAGAAAAUAGUUACGAGAGAGACGAUCAUCAGAUUCCAGUCACCGUCGGAGGAAGACUGGCACCUAAUAAUUACGGAAGUUACGGAGGUUCGGGGCACAGUCCGAGGUACGAUGAGCCAUAUCCGGAGGAUGGCCUACCGCAGCGGUACUUGCAAACCCAACAGCAUCCUUCAGAGUCUUCCGAGCCACUCUUCUACAACAGUAGACCGAAACAUUAUAAGGAAUACAGACGACGGAAGCACACGUGGGAUUAUGAGGACAGCCAAGAUGGCUGGUACAGUGAGGGUACAUAUGAUUAUCAAGGCACGAGGGUUGAUGAUACGAAAAUUUAUAGCGAUACUGAAUAUUAUUCAAACAACACGACGACUACCACAAGAAGACCGAGAGGAAAAGCAAUUCCGUAUAGGAGACCAUCUCUGGAGAGACAGAUGACCCUAUACGACGAUCACUCGUAUUACGUUGAUGGAUAUAGCAGCGACGGUAGAGUGGGUAAAAUGAGCGCCACGUAUCCAGAAUGCGAGACAGAUAUUAGGUAUAACGAAUACUACGACACCAUAACGGGAUAUGUAUAUCAAGAUGAAAGAUAUGGUCAGGAUGACGAGGACAGACAGUGGGACAGUGGAGGGAAACGAUUUUUGACAACAAAUACGUAUUAUGAAAAUAAACGAAACAGAAAAACACUUCCACAAAGGCCGGCUUCGAGUAUCGGUAUACACCGGCCAGAUUAUAGACCCACUGUCACCAGACAGCGUAGCUACGAAUCGGAAGAGCUGGACUAUAACGGAUAUAAUACUCGUCGCCGGAAGAUCUUGCAGCCGCAGCAACGUCCGAUGUCGCGGCAGGAGGGUGGCACCGGUAAGAAACUACCUCCGACCCCGACCAAGCCAAGCAAUGUGGUGAUCAACCGUAAGCUCGCCUCUUUGCCCGCUACGCCGAGCAGACAACUGCCAAAGACCAGAACGCCCUCCGAAGAGAGCUACUAUAAAUCCGAUUAUAACGAGGACUAUAAUUACGCUUAUCGUAGUCAGGACAAUCUGCCGCAGGACACGUAUACGGAGAACAUUUAUAGCCAGCAGCAGAGCGGUCAGACCGAUCCUGCCAACAAAACUCGGUACCCCGAGAUAAAUCAGGAUAAUCAGUACAAUUACGCGACGCAAGUUGACGGCCAAUAUGGUCAGUCGUAUCCAGAGCAACAUGCACAGAAUAGCUACGAACAAACGACAACGUACACGCAACAAAAUUCGUACAAGGACGAGUAUCAGCAACCUUACACGCAGCAAAACACUCAGACGUAUCAGGAAGCGUAUGUGGACACGACAUAUCCAAUCGCCAGCCAGGCGAACGAUCACCAGUAUGCGAAUCAGUCGAAGAAUCAGUACGAUAAGCCCGACGGCAUGAUAAUUGAGAAUAAUUAUCACGAGAUGGGCUUCGAUCAGAAUAAUGUUCAGUAUCAGCAGCCGGACUAUAAGCAACAGGACGUUUAUCAGGAACAAUACGAUGAUUACAGCACCACCGUGUCGACAAGUGUUUAUGAUCAAAAUAACGUCACGAACACCUAUAAUCAGUAUCAACCGGAACAGUAUGAUUCCCAGUACAAUAUCAAUACGUCAACCGAUUAUCAGAAGACUUAUCAAGAGACGUAUAAUCAAGUGCCUGUUACGUCGCAGGAUAAUUAUCAGGAAUCCUAUACGAAACAGCCGCAGGAAGAUUUCGUAAAUUAUCAAACGCCGUACAAUAAGCAGAAUGACGUGCCUACGACGUAUAAGAACAACUAUCAGGAAACUUAUCAGAAUUAUCAAGAGUCUUACGAUGAGUAUCCAGACUCGUAUCAAGGAUCCUUUGAGGAACAACAGCGUUACAAAGAGGGUUUGUCGACGGUGACAGACAGAAGACAGAGUGUAGUGCCUGAGCUAUCCGUGACCACACCACGAGGUCAGACGAGAACGAAUGGCUAUCCGUCGAGUGAAUCCGAAUAUCCCUAUCAGUCUCAAGAGAACGAGGACGCGUUGAACAGAAGAAAGAAGCUUGGUGGCAAGCGCGAAGCUAGCCCGCUUCUUCAGCAGAACACAGAUUCGCUCGAGUCGAGGGACGACGAGCUAAAAGAUUCGUUCGACACCGCCGUAAGCUCUGUCGAUAGCAGUCAACUCAAGAAGGCAUAUAGUGAAUAUUCAACGGCAGGUGAUUCAAGUCCCGCGCACGGCAUCUUGGUGGAUUCUCCGCAAAGUGUCGCUCAAUCACAGACGACGACAAUGGUUAAUCAUGUAACGGCCAAUCACGUAACUACCACCGCGAUGGUGCACACCACCACAAAUGUUAUAAAUGGAAAACGACCGUUAGCCAGAACAGAUUCCUAUCAGGAAGACAUUAUCGAGGACGAAGAUUAUCCGGAAAUUAUUCCCAAGGAGACCCAAAGAAAAGAUUCACAGCUAUCACAUCAGAGUCAGCACUCUCAGUCAACACUCUCGCAGAAACCGAAACUUACGAGAGGGGACUCUUACGUUUCGGAUAACUACACUGAAGAAUCUUAUGGUCGUAGAGAAUCGUAUGCUCAACUGCCUAGGAAGGAUUCCUUCUCGACCACUGAAGGAUUUAAACCGCCUCUCACCAGGACAGAUUCCUAUCAACAGAGAGAGUUACGAAGUAGCAAUUACGGACAUAACUUUACUACGCCACAACCUAUUUCCAGAGCAGAGAGCUAUCAACGCGGUCACUUCAAGGAUCAAGAGUCGAUAGAUCAGAGCGACAUUGUCUUGAGCAACGCGAUGAACGGUGACUAUCAGAUGCGGGACGAGACUCUUGAUAGGUACGAACGGGAUGAGGAAGCCUUGCUUCGUAACUCUCGAGAGGGCUCAUUGGUCGAUCAGUACAAAGGAACUCCGCCUUUGUCGCAUGAAAGUCCACGUGGGAGUAUAAUAAAGCAGGCGUCGUUAGAUGAAAGCGUUCAGAUGGAUACUCCGCCGAGAAGUCCGCCGGAACCGCCAGCCGAUGAGGAACUUCUCGGGAUGGUCGCGCCGGUACCCACGCAGCUGAAGGAACGUCCAGAAAUGACGGCAAGACAGCGAUGGCAUUGGGCGUACAAUCAGAUCAUCAUGCAGCUAAAUGUGAGUAUUACAAUUUUGUCAAUCGUCCCGAUAAUUGUAUUGAUGCGACAUGCAACAUUAUUGAUUGCGACAGGUGAGUCCUAUUUUUACACAAUGCUCUGCUAUUAAUCAUUAUCGUAUAUAAAUAUGUGUAUGUUAUUACAAUUUCGUGAAUUUACAUUUGCAUUACACUUGAAAAUUCCUAAUAAAUGAAUGUGAUUAUGUGUUACUAAAAAUUGUCUGCUUAUCAUUCGAGAUAUCAGUUAAUAUAUCUCGAACAAUAUAAUGCAAAGCUUGACUUCCUUUGCGUAAAAUAUUUUUUUAUUGUAGAAGAUAAUUAUAGGAUAAUUAUAUCUAGAUUUAUUAUAGAAUUAUUAUAGAAGAGACUAUAAGAUGUUUUUCUUGUUGAAUUGAUUCAAAUAUCAUAUGUGUUAAAUGUAAUGAAAAAAAAUGAUUAAUUUUUGUCAUUAUUGCUUUCUUCUAUUAUUGUUAUCUUUCUUCCGUUAUAUUUAUUGAAAUCCUAGAAAUUCACCUCAUCAUUUCCGAUUACGAUCGGAACAAUCAGUGUUCAAGCAUGUAUAAGGCUCGACAACCGGCCACAGGCAUUAGAAUAUAUCGGCCGAGAGUGCACCGAGAAAUGUGUGAAAGCAUAGACGUGAGUGUAUGCGCGUCAAACGAAGCAAGGCCAACGAUUAAAUAUUCAUGAGACGUGGUGCAAUAUGCCUGAUAUUUACUUUUGUCGUAGAAACUUUUUAUUGGUAAUAAUGUAAUAUUUGCUAUGAGAAUUAUAACGAUUUUACAAUUUUAAAAUCGUUAGAAAUUGUGAAAAAUUUAUAAUCUGCGAAAUAAUUUGCAGUGGAUUUUUAUAAUUUUGUCUGUUCUGACAGUUUUCUGACAGCAAAAUUGAUUACCUUAGAUUUUAAUUUUGGAAAAGUGUUGAACAUUGAUUAUGGAAUAAAACGGCGAUUUAAUAUCAGUUUAGCGACUUGGAGUGAAUCAGUCAGUAAAUGAACGAAGGAGGUAAACUAAGAAAAUAUUGACGAAAUAUUGAAAGGAAAUAUCGAUAGUUUGAGCCUAAAGUGCUCGCAGUUCUGAAAGGGGUUAACGGUGUCAUGUGACCACCUUAUAACGGUACACUUAAAUAGUUUCGAAAUUUGAUACAUUCGGAGUGUAGCGUGCCUGUCGACCAAGACCGAUAAAAUCCGCAUUUUCUUCACGUUACUUUGAGGGUUGGCUUCAUUUUUUGUGCACUUGCCACGAGCGUGAGGGUCCGUGAUAUAUAUCCGUUCUUUUAUAUUGUGAGAAAAAACGCAAAUAUACAACACAACGAAGAAGGUAGUAUAUAGAACACACAUAUGUAAAAAAGUCUGAUAUACUUAGAAAUAUUUUUGCAAAGUGAGAGGCGUGCUCACAAAUACGCUUAAAAUGAAAACUAAAAUUUAAUUAUAUGUUUUAAAUUUUAAUACUUCGUGUUUUUAUAUAUAUAUAGUAUAAUAAUAUUUUUAGCAGGAUUUUUAUUUAUUUAAGAUAAUAGCAGACUGUUAAAAAAAGAAACGUAGGAAAAUCGAAUUUUAAUAUCAGUUUUGAGGUUUGCAGAAUGGUUUUUAUAUUCAGCAUUAAAACGAGGUCAAACAAGUAUUUCGGGGAAACUUAUCUCGGAAAAAUAUUCGUGUUCGGGAAAUCAGAGGUUUGCUUUAUUAUCGCUAAUUACGUUUCUCACUCAGCGAAACGUACAUAUCGUGGCUGGUUUGUCUCGUGCAAUUUGAUCAAAGACACAUUACAGCAGAUGCACAUAUUGGAUUCUCCCUAAUGGUAACUGCACGCAUAAAUUCCAUCAGACUACGCUCGAUGCAAAACCGAAUACACGAGUUUACUUCGUAUCUCGUAUAAGAGUCAUCCGAUUGAUUUAUUGAGUCCACGAAGUAAAUUUGAUGCAAACUUAGACUUUUGCGCAUAUAUACUUUUAAUUAAUCUUAGAAUAGCCGAGGACAUUAUCUUUAACAUCUAAAUUCGUUUUUUUUUUGUAACAACUUGUUAGAUGAUUUGGUACAAGAUCUCUCGGGACAUUUUUUUUUGUCAAGAAUCGUUUAUCAAGAAAUGUCGUAAUUUUUUAUCGUUGCGGUACUAUUAUAAAAGACGCACAAAAGGCGAGGCGUAAAGAUUUACCUUAGCAAUCAACGUUAGAGUCGCUCGCAGUGAAUGCCUUUCGUGAAUACCUCGACAUUGGAGCAAAUAAAUGUUCGCGAUAGAAACUCGGUGGUUUGUCCACAUUGAAGAGGUGACGGUUCGGUACAUACCGGAAAAUUCUCAUCAAAUUGAGGAAUGAACAGUAGGAAUGCUUCAAAACUAAACGAGCAAACCGAUAUUUGUUGAUGAUGGCAUAAACACCUUGCGGUUUCCGUGCUUUAUAAAGUUUCGACAUAAGGAAGGAGAGAACGGAGAAAGACUUAAGGUAGUGCCACCGAUAUACUACCAGACCUAAUAGUUUCCGCCGUGUUGCAAUAUGAAAGAGAAUGAGACAUCUUACGAUCUGUCAACGUAUGUAUAAAGUCAACGAAUGAAUACUUCCGUGACAAUGGCUCCCCUGAAGUCAUACGCGAAGAUUAAGAAUCAUGAAUGAGGAACAAAUUGAGUCGUUAGUUUGCGAGUGUCUCUUUUACUUUCUCUUGAGAAAUCACGUUGUUUAGAAUUAUAAACUGACACGAAACACACACACACACACACACACACACACACACAAUUUACAUUAUGCCAGCGCGGCGACACGCGUAUAAUAAAUUUCAUAAAUUUGAUCUUGUAUUUGAUAAAUUUACUUUUUUAAGAUUAACGGUUGCGUGAUGGAACUUUGUUCUUAUUGAAUUAAUGGGACUGAUUAAAAAAGAGUUAAAAUGCCGCGAUAUAAAUGAGGUCUAUCGAAUUAAGGGCUUGAAAGAAAUAGAGGAAGAGAGAGAGGACGAUCUAUAAGGUAUACUUAUCAAACGACAUUACGUUGCAUAGCCUCGGACGUUCGUUUUAUUGCUAGCCAUCAAGGAGUUCAUCGAUAACCUCGAAUUGCCGUUACGAGAACUACUACGUAAGCACCGGACAAAGACCGUGCUUUGCGAGACAAUCGACCGAUCGAACCAGAACGGACUGACCGAACUCAUACAGUUUGCUUAUUUCAAAGUAAUUGUCAGGAUGGACUAUUAUUACUUAACACGAUCAAUUAAUAUGACGUGUUUCAAACUGAUUUCGUCUUUAUGUAAAUGAUUUCUAAUGCCAGAGGCACCGGUAGUUUCCCAGGCAAGACAGUGCUCGAGCGCUCCAGAGAUUACUUGACCAGAAUUAUUUAAUUGAAAUUCUCCCGCGAAUAACGCAUCUUUUGAUGCUUCGCGUUGAUUGCUGGCGAAAUUAUCGAUCGACGGAGAGUUAUUCUUGUUAUUACCUUUCCGCUUGCUCGCACGUUGAGGUACCUUCUGUAUUCACACUAUCGGGCUGAAACUGAAUAUAACUUGUCCGAUGGAAUGGUCUAAAAGCAUCACUGCCAAAGUUUUGCAACGGUCUCGGACCUUUUGGACCUCCGACUUCGAUCGUCACGGAAAUAAUAUCAUUCGGCGACAGAGAGAUAGUAGUAGGCGAAAUCUAUAAAUCUCAUUCCGAAAUCAUAUGGUUAUUUCAACGAAAUUAUAAUGCACGGUAUUUUAGUUAGGAGAAGAAAUUCUACUUUUGUUCGUGAAGGAGGUCAUCGAAAAUCAUUAAGAUCGUUUAGAUUUCGUAUUUCCAGCGCAGUUAAUGAAACGAUAGUUAUACAAUGAUAUCGUUCGUCGUUCGAAUUGGGUGACCUGGUGUACCCGCGACGAGAAAUAAUCUGUAAUCGAUAAAACUUUCUGUGCGACGAUUUCUUUUCCACAACCCCGGCCAACGAUCUAGCUGCUUCUCCUAUUGAAAUUCAUUCCCUCAGGAAUACAUUCGGUCCACACUCGUUUUGCUUCGAAUGGAGCUUUCACGCCUCGAGCGACGUAUGGAACAUCGUGUCGCCGUUCGUUCAGUGUGCAAGCAAAAGAAGCCGUACGAGAAAGCCUCGUUGUGAUUUACGAGAUCGUGCGGAAGUUAUGACAGGAGGCUUGUCCCUCAUACAUUUAGUUCCCGUUUAAUUAAUGAUUUUUGUCGAGCCGAGCAUGCGCUCGCCCGGUUAAUUCGACAUUCUUACGUCUUCACGAUUGCUAUCUCCAUUUCUCGCUUCUUAUCUGCUGCGUAAUUUCUUCCUCAUCCCUUGAAAUACCUUCCGCAGAAAUUGACAAUUACCGCAAUUUUAAGAUUCUGUGUCGUUUUAUAACGACUUCUUUUUGUUUUGUGAGGGAAACUUGGAUUCGACAAAUAUAAAUUCCCUUGCUUUUCGAUCUCGAAUUACUCAUUGUUUAUUUGAUAAUGAAUAAUAUUGUCAACACUCUUUUACUCUCUGAGCUCUCUUAAUUAUCAUUAUGUGUUUAUUUGCUGCUCAGGACAGCAGAACAAGCUGUCGUGCAUUUUGAGACAAACUCUAAUCGAGAACAGGUGUUCCCGUGUACGCGCUCACUCAUCCGGGAUUCCGGGUAACUGACGGCGUCGUCGAAUCCUUCCACGAUGAGCAUCAAAGUGCAGACGAGCGUGGAGUCUCAAGAAGUGGAAAGUAAAAAGAGCAGCUGACAUGGAACGCUCUUUGGAAGUGGAGCGGCGAGAUUUUCUCUAACAUCGCGCUUUAAGCCUCGUGCCUUGCCGGAAAUAACAGGACGGUCGACAGUUGUCUUUCACGUUUCGUACAUUUCGCCUUAUCCUUCGACUUUUCUCGCUUUCUAUAUGUUGAGUCUCUCGUCUCUUCAGUUCGUCUUGGAGCUUCUCACGAACGUGUCUCGUUUCCCCGAGUCGCGCCGAUUUCAUAUGCUUUUAAGUGCUUUCCACUGUAGGUUCCAAACUUUCAGAAAAUCUACUAUCCGCCACGUUUCGCCUCAAAUUCUAAUCCUUACAUCUAGCAGAAUUUCUCGCGCGCUUACUCGAAGCGAUCGAAUUUAAUUCUCGUCGAGCUGUGUCUUAGCUUUUGUCACGUUUGUAAAAGGCGCUGUAAAGUCUCUUUUUAUUUGGCUUUCUCUCUGCCUCUCUUCUUCUCCUCUUUUUCGUAUAAUUUAUUUAUUGCUUUCUCGAAUAAACAUGGAGCUGAACGGCUGGUUCAAAUCUUCCAAAUGAUCGGGCAAGCUUGUUGCAUUUUGAACCUUUGGCUGUUUUCCAAGCGUACAACUCUCAGGCUGCUUCGCCUACUAAGUAAUUGAAGGGGCGUUCGAUCGAUCAUGACCGAAAAUGCUGACUCGUCGUUGCCGGCAGACUGGGAAAUAACCGAGACAGUUGUCAUACUGGUCUGAAGCGAGAAUAUCUAACUUAUGACUUUGUUACGAAUAACAAACCUUCCCAAAUUUACGUUGCGAACGACAUCUGAAUGACCACAUAAUAUUUUUGUCCAAGUCCAUUCAUCACACAGUAUUUCCUGCCUUGUAUUAUUUUUUCUCGUAUGAAAGUGCGCAUGGCAUAUUUAGUUUUACUUUUACUUUUUCAUAAUGCUCGUUGAAUGAAAAGCGAGCACAUGCAAAAUCGAAAUAAGUUUCACUUAUUAUUAUAGAUUAGAGUACAUAAUUGGUGAACAAAUGCAAAAAAUGCCGAUAUUAUAUAAGCAACUCGUACACAAAGUAAAUUUAGCAUUUAAAUUUAUGCACGAAGCUAAAAGAUAUAAAAUGGAAAAGAAAGAUGGAAAAAGACGUGUGUAUAUUUGUAUUAGUGUUUUUUUACUAGUAGUUUUAUUUGAUUUCUGCGAGAGAGGGAGAGGAAGAGAGAUAUUGCUGGAACUUACUUGCGUCUGCUUGCUUUAUUUUCGAGGCGGUUAAUUUCCUCUGUCUUUGUAAUUUAUUCUUCGAUCUCGCUAUGAAGCAAUCUACGGUACUUGGCAUUGUUACAUUGCACUUCCGGCUUUCUGUAAAGCCGGAAUCAAGUAGAGCUUUCUCUUUCUCUCUCUCUCUCUCUCUCUCUCUCUCUCUCUAUUUUUCCAUUUUAAUGCUUUUCUCUUUUUUAUCCAGCGCUCCCUCUCUUAUUCUUUAUUCGCUUCGCAAAUCUCGAGCUGACCGACCUUCUCAUAACUGAUAUUCAAAUUGUGUUUGCACGCAGCAGCAAAGAUGCUGAAACUUCUUCUAUAUCCGACCUCGAUGCUUAUCCGUUAAGCCAGGCUUCAUAUUAUACUUGAUCUUUUAUUGCUGGAAAUUGUGACACGGCGAUGCUCUCGAGAAACUCUUUAAGGAAGAUUUCGAAGAAAUUGCGAUAUCUGCACGCUCAUAGCACGAAUUAUUAUUAUUUUAGCUGUAUUAUUUCUAACAGUGUAUCUCUAGUAAUGUAGUUUGACAAACCAAAUGAACCGCGUAACAAUCCAAUUGUAGGAAAUAACGCUCACGGCUGUUUGACCGACUAAAUUAACGCGAAACCGAUGACGAUGAUACGAUAAAGCAGAGCCAACCGCAUGAGCUCAAGUAAAAAUCACUGACUGACUUUGACAAAGCAAAACGCCCGCCGGUUCGUGAAACAACUGUCUCGGCCACGGACGCGAUUGAUUACUCACCUUUCGUGAAAAUGGGCAAUUAUUUUAGCCUAAGUAACAAGUCCUAACACAAGUGGCUUUUGACAUGUUGUCGGCUUCAUAGUCCAACUAUAUAUUAGCUUCAUUGAUUGUUCCGUUAAUGAACAAUUAAUUAACAAGUCAUAAGUUUAAUUUGCCUCCGUUUGAGAAAAUCUCAUACAAUCGUACGUUUUUGAAAAAUAUAUAAAAAAAUUUUCCGAUGUGGUUGAGUUUGCGACGUGUUGAGUGAAAAUAUUAUUCUUUAAUUUUAUGGAUAAACACAUUUCCAUCUUGAGUUCCAUAUUACUAUAUUGCUUAGGUACACGCAAAAUGCAUCCCGUAAAAAACUGCACUCACCCAACAUCGGAUAAACAUAAUGGAUUAUGUCAUCUGUUAUCUCAAUACUUGUAACACGUACUGGAAAAUUAAUUGCGAUUUUAUUGUAAUUGUCUGAGAGAUUAUUUCUGAACAGUGUACGGUUACGGUAAAUUAUUUCAUCACUAUGUGUAAAAAUGUUCUCUACACGUGCGCACAAGCUUCAAUCUGGUUUUCUCGGUCGAUCGAUACAAAGGAGAAGUUUAAACUUGGAAAAAUUUAAAUAUUUAAUGUCACGUGAGAUUUUUGUGAUAUGCUGCGCAAUUAUACUGUCAGUCCAUUGUGAUAUUUCUGACAUUAAUUACAAAUUUGUUGUUGCUAAAUGUCAUAGGUGUCUUCUUAAUACUUUUAACACGUAACACAAAGUAUAAUUAUAAUGAGUGUCUAAGAGUCGAUUUUUACUGCUGGAUGCUGUAUCCAGUCUGUCUUGUUCUAGUUCUAUAGUCCUUUAAUUACAGAAAGUUUGGAAGUUUAGACAUGGGAUCUAUGUCCAUGCUCAAGCCAUUUUAACUUUCCUCUGGCAGAACAGUUCUCUUAUUCUUUUCACGUCGCAGUACAUGAGCUUCUCCUAACUCUGACAGGAUUAAAACAUUCUUAUUUUCCACUGUGUUUCCAUUUUACAUCUGAUCUCUUGUUUUAAGCUUUUUGCUUUACAUACACAAAUAUAUUUGCGUGUGUGUAUUUUCUUUGCUUAUUUAGCAUAAAGAGCUGAUUAUGAUAGUAGUUAUUAGUGUAAUGAAAUGAGGGAUGAUUUCCACGUUAGAUAAUAUACACGGAGUGUGUAUAAUUAUAACAAACGUUAUCGCACGGUUUUAAUCUUUCUGGAGAAGCAAGGACCAAGUCAUGAGUCAUUCUCGCAAGAAAGAUGUUUGCGGUUCACACACAGGAGAUAAUAAUUUAAUUUUGAUGACGAUCCGGGCACGCAUGUGCGACUAUGGGAUUGGUUAACACAAGUUUUCCGUUAUAUCAGGACAAAGUAGCUCCUAACUAUUACGAACGACCAGAUUAAUACAGUAUGUGUCAUACUGUCUUCGGAUUAGAAUUACAUGCAAACGCGAGAUAGGUACCGAAGUAAUUGACAUUUCUGUUGAAAAUGUUUUAUGUAUCGUGUUGCUUUUAUCACGUAUGUACAAAUUAAUAAAUGCAAGUAACGAUAAAACCAAAGAAUAAAAAUAUUUUAUAUUUUUUUGCAAUGUGUGAAAUCGGUUUUUAAUAUGCUUUAAGAAGUGAUUAACCACGAUUAGUGGUUAGUAGAAAUGUUUCAUUAUCCGUCGUUAUAUUGAAAAAAGUAAAUGUUUCUUUUUUGAUCAUUGACUUUCAUUACUAGACUAACAUAAUUGACGUACACAUACGCGAACUGGAAAACAAGGAUAAAUUGAAGCAAUAAAGUAGUUUAUCGCAUGUUUCUUCUUUUUUCGAUUCGACUUCGAUUAACACAGAACAUAUCUUGUUGAUUUAAAAAAUAGUUCAAACAUUUUUACCUGAACAAAAAAUAAAUAUUAUAAAUUAAAUUUUUGCGCAAAUUUAAAACAAUAAAAGCACGUUAAUUCUAUAAUUCUGUAAAUCUAUAGUUCAAUAAAUAUAUAAUUUCAGGUAUGUUUUAUUUAACAUAUUCUGCAAUUUUUAAAGCCUAAGAGAGUAAUUGUACAUAAAAAUUAAGUUAUGUUACAUUUAUAAUUAUCUCAAUACAUAUAAAGGUAUUACAUAAUUAAUAGCGUUACGCUAUUUUUUUAAAGAAUAAAAAAACAUAAGAUUUUGAUGUAAAUACUAAGCAUUUAUUAUUGAGGCUGUCUAAAUUAUUCACAUAAAAUCAAAGCCCUCUUUAUUUGUACGUAUUUUUGUCGCUAUCCACGAUGAAUUUGGGCUCGCUCUUGGUUUUUAUCCUCAGUUGUGCGCGUGCGAUGUGACGCCUCCUCGGUAAAGCGCGCUUAUGUAUUUUAUUCCGUACCGACGCUCGGCCCAGCCCGCCAUUUUCCCCGGACUCAACUUUCGGGGUUAGCCACGGUGGUUAACGACGAAGAGCCGGUCGCUCCGUCCCUUUCUGCUCGUCGGUCUCUCUCUCUGUCUCUCCACCUUAGACGCUCCUUCACCUUCUCUCGCCCGUCUCUCUGUCUCACGCUCUUGCUCUCUCUUCCACCAUUGCAGCCCCUUUCCUCUACCUCUCUCCCGGAAAAUCAAUAUGAAGUGGCGUUGGUGUACGACGUGGUGGCUGCUACCGUGUGUACCAUCUCUCUCCAUGACCUUUCCCUUCUGCCUUUUCCCAUCUUGCUCUAUCUUUCCCCUUUAUUCCUCUUCCGAUUUCCCAUUUUCUUCAUCUUUCUCUUGCCAACACCAUCGUCCCUCGUACAUAGUCCGGCAUUUUGCCGUCUGGUUCUUCCGCCCGACGCACCUUGUAACUUCACCAUCAAAUCUACCCUAGGUCUCCCCAGGGGCGCCAGAGCUCCGAUGGCAGCCUCCGGCCUUGCCGGCGGAUUGCGCCAGAUCGGUCAUCGAGUCACCAGGAUUUAUUCGAGCUGCCUGCCUGGUUGGUUGGCUGGCUGGCUGGCUUGGCUGGCUCGUAGGUCAACAUCCACCAUUCCGCCACCACUGGUUGAAUAUCGCCGCGUGGCGGCGCCGUGCGUGUCAUCGUACUUUGCGCUUUCUUUCGGCGAACGUGUACUGCCGCCAUUCCACUAACUCGCCCUCACAACCGAGAAACAUAGUAUUCUCCUGAGAGCAUGCGCCAAGCGUCUCUGAAUGACCGGAAGAAUAUGUGAAUAAACGGGAGACAAAAGUCAUCGCGUGGCGAAAGAGUAGACACUUUUACACCCUCCUCCGUCUUCGUAUGCUCUCGCUUUUACAACUUGAUUUUUAUAUUUCGUAGAUUGCGAAUACGUACGCAAUUUCGCAUACCGUCUUGAUCGAUAUAUCAUCGUCGUGGCACACUAACGACGCGAUGCAUCGUGAUCUCGUUUUGAUAACGCUAGUCGUCUGCGUGAUCUUUUUCGUUUCGAGUUAUAAGAAAGAAGUUUCUUUUCAUCCAGCACGCGCAAUACUUAUUCAUCAUACGUGAUACAUAGCAAAAUCAUGAAAAUUCUACGAGCUUGAAUGCAUAGCACUCUGCUUUAACAUUCUUGAUGUAGCAUCGUGAAUUUCCAAGAUGGUAGAUUUCCCUCGAAUACAGAGGCACCUCUGGCUUUGUAUUAAAAAUAAUGGACAUAGACAUAAUAUAUAAAGUAGUAAGAAAAUAAUAUAUUUAAAGUAAAAAUUGGUAGAAUAAUUGUACAAAAAGUUAAAAAUUGUAUUUCGAAUUUGUCAGGCUUUUUUAAAAAUGUUCUUCUUUUCUUCAUCACAAAUUCUCAUUGCUAUCUGAUGUAUGUACAUAAAUAAAUUUAUGUGGUUUAAAGAUAACGUCAAGACAUACUCGAAAGAGCGAAAAAAAAA